GAGCUCCUGAGAGUGACCCAUUCUUUCACCAAUGUUUGUAGAAGCAGUCUGCAUGCCUAGGGGCUUGAUGUGUACACCACCUGAUUGUGAAUCCAUUGGGAGGGGAUUGGAACACCUGAAUCACAUGAUAUGGAGGGGAUUGGAACACCUGAAUCACAUGAUAUGGAGGGGAUUGGAACACCUGAAUCACAUGGGGGGAUUGGAACACCUGAAUCACAUGAUAUGGAGGGGAUUGGAACACCUGAAUCACAUGAUAUGGAGGGGAUUGGAACACCUGAAUCACAUGAUAUGGAGGGGAUUGGAACAACUGAAUCACAUGAUAUGGAGGGGAUUGGAACACCUGAAUCACAUGAUAUGGAGGGGAUUGGGACACCUGAAUUACAUGAUUGGGAGAGGUUUGGAACACCUGAAUCACAUGAUUGGGAGGGCGGGGGACAAUACUUUGGGCAACAUGGUGUAUCUGCAU